AUGACGAUUGCGUUUCUUGACGUGGCAAUCACCAUCGAGUAUGUUUCGACCGCGAUUUCACUCGUUUGUCUGCCAAUAAAUAUCCUUUUCGUCUACAUUCUGAUCAUCGAAAGAAAUCGUCCACCAUACAACACUCCAUUCUUCCGAUUAUGCAUUCAUCUGUCGAUUGCCGAUAUUCUGAUGGAAGUAUUCUCCACUUUAUUCUUCAAAUUUCCAUCUUUUGGAGUGUUUCCUGAUACUUUCUACAAGGAGAACUGGUCAGUUGUUCCGAUAGCUGGAAUGCAGUAUCUAGGACAUGCACAAGCAUUUGGUAUCAUUUUCAUUGCUGUCAACAGAUUCACUGCGGUUCAUUAUCCUAUAAAACAUCGACAACAAUGGUGGACUCCCAAGGUUACAAAAACCCUUCUACUCAUCCAAUGGAUCACUCCAAUCUUCUUCAUGGCCCCAUUAUUUUUCACUGAUUUCAAAUUUCUGUUUUCUCGAAACUCUGGUUCGGUGAUAUUUGCUGCAAGUGAUGCCCGUUUUCAUAAGAACUAUUUCCUUGCCAUGGCCAUUGUCGACGGAAUUUUGAUCAACUCGAUUGUUCUGUUAUUGUAUGGAGCAAUUUUUGUCAGAGUACACACCCAUGUAGUUGUCCGUAAACCAGGAGAACUUGCUCUUCGUCUUGCUCUUUCUGCAUUCAUAAUUUUCAUUUGCUAUCUGGCACUGGGAGUUUGUUCUCUUCUUUCCGCAUUAACUCCGCCUCCAGAUGCCUGGGUCUACCGUACGAUGUGGUUUGUCGUCAACGAUGUUCUCUGUAAUUCCAGCGCCUUGGUCCUUUUGGCGCUGAAUCGACCAAUUAGAAAGGCUUUCACUCGUCACCUCGGAAUUUUUUCGUAUCAAGGAGUGAGCACAAAAAACAAUUCAUUGCUUCAAGCUGUCUAA